UACCAUCCAUCAAAAUCCAUCCUCCCAAGCUUGCAAUAUCUUUUCUACUAGCAAUUGGUCACUAUAUAUAUAGUUCCAUGGGCUAAUAUUAUCAGAUACAAAUCACCAUUUCACUUCACCUACUAAUAUAUACUCUCCCGGCCACCCAUUGAAGUUUACGCGCACUCGUUAAUAUCAAGAAGGAAGAAAAUGGGAAAUGAAUUGAUGGUUUUUGUGGUAAUGGUGAUUGUGCAAGUUGCGUUUGCUGGAAUGAUAAUAAUAUCAAAGUUAGUAAUGGAUGGUGGCAUGAAUGCUUUCGUUCAGUCAGCUUAUAGGCCUAUUUUUGCAACUAUUUCCAUUGCUCCCUUUGCUUACUUCUUCGAGAGGAAAACUAGACCCAAAAUGACACGCUCUAUACUUUUCCAGAUAUUUUUGUGUUCCAUUUUCGGGAUAACAGCGAACCAAAAUAUAUAUUUCAUUGGGCUAAAGAAUUCAACUCCAACAAUUGUUUCCGCCAUUGAUAAUCUAAUCCCAGCUUUCACCUUUAUCAUAGCCGUACCCUUGGGGGUUGAGAAAUUGGGGUUAAGAAGUAUAGCAGGACAAGCCAAGUUUUGGGGGACAAUAGUAUGUGUUGGAGGGGCAAUGUUAUUGUCAUUAUAUCAUGGAAAAGUUGUUAUUGGUCAAUUGGGAUUUCACUGGAAAUAUGCAGAAAAUACAGACAAAGAUGUCAAUUCUCCCCAUUCCAACUUCUUUUUAGGACCUUUUCUACUUAUACUCUCCAGUCUCACCUAUGCAAUUUGGUUAAUCAUUCAGGCAAGGGUAAACGAGAAGUAUGCAGCUCCCUAUACAAGCACAACGUUGAUGUGCCUAAUGGCAAGUGUGGAGUGCAUCAUUAUUGGCUUUUGCGUCGCCCCUAAACUUUCUGAAUGGGCAUUAAAUCCCAUUAGAGCUCUCUCAGUUGUCUAUAAUGGAGUGGUGGCUACGUCAUUAACAUAUUUCUUGAGCUCAUGGUGCAUUGAAAAAAAAGGUCCUUUAUAUGUGUCGAUGUUCAAUCCAUUGCUGUUAGUUAUUUCUGCAUUUCUCAGUUGGAUUUUACUUCGUGAGAAAUUAUACCUUGGAGUAGUUGUAGGAUCAAUCAUAGUAGUGGCUGGGCUGUACGGCUUUUUGUGGGGGAAAAAGAUGGAGACAAGUGAAGAGGAUAUUGAAGUAAAUAAAGAGAAGAUCAAUCAGUUCAGUAAAUCAAUUGAUUUGGAAUUGCAAUUAACUCCCAAGGCUAAUAUGAAGCACAUCACAGAAUCCAAAACUGAACUAUGACGAGGCAAUAAAACCACUUGUAAUAAAUAUGAAAUUAAUCUCUUCUAAUAUGAAAUUAUUCUUAUUUACUAAAUAUAAGUUGUUCAUAUAUUUGCAUAAACUUAAGCAUUCAAAUAACAUGCCGAUUGAUUUUAUG